GGUAAACUCCGGGCCGACCAAAUUUUAGGGUUUACCAAACAAGGAGAUGGUGGCCGUGAAAACACCCAAGUGGUAGUGAGUGGUUCCUCAGGCGGGUUCAGCUCUUCCCAAUCUCUCGCGACUCGAAGACUCCUCCACCCCUCCCUCCCUCACUCCCUCCCCAUAUUCAUAUUGGCCCAUCAUCAAUCAGCAAUGGCGGCAAUCUUAGCUCGCAAAUCUCUCUUCGCUCUUCGCUCUCGUCACCUUGCCUUGGCCAGACAAACAUUGCAUAACCCGAACCAUUAUGGUAUGGCAUUGGCUACAUGUUCAUUUGCCACAAAACAGUCAUUUUCUACUGAUAAAGAUGAUGAAGAAAGGGAGAAACUCGCUAAGGAGAUUUCUAAGGAUUGGAGUUCUGUGUUUGAACGAAGCAUAAAUACUUUGUUUCUCACUGAAAUGGUUCGUGGUCUGAUGCUCACGCUCAAGUAUUUCUUCGACCCGAAAGUUACUGUAAGUUUUUUCUAAUAGUAAUUAUAUACAAAAAAAAAGAAGCCGCCUUUAUAGAAAAUUAAUAUAGAAUGAUGUGGCAAGUUUGGAUUAUAUCACUUUAAAGAAAAAGACCCAUGAAGAUGACUUGCAUGUGCACAAAUGCCACUGCCACUGCCACUGCCACUGCCACAUCGUUCUUGUCAUGAAUUCUAUUUAAAAAUUCUAUGAAUAAUUCUAUAGACAAUAUCACUCUUACUAAAAGUACAAUGGCUAAAUAUGAUUGGUUGUCAAAAAAGCAAUGAUGACAAUUAGGGUUGUGCAAAAUACCGCCCAAUCCGUUAAAACCGCACCGAUCCGCAUUAAUCCGCACUGCUUUAUACGCUAACCACGGAUUAAAUUUUAAAAUUUAUAAUUUGCUUUCGAAACCGCUCCGUUCCUCUAUAUUUAAUGCACAUAUUUUUUUUUUUAUUUCUAAUGAAAUAUCAAAGUAAAAAUGUGUGA